GCAAGUGGAGCAGUAGACAAGGAGUGGGGAGUUAAGUUAGGGCCAAGUUUGAGUGGAGCUUGACAGUUAGAGAUAUAGCGAACGAGAAAGAGAGAGAUAGUGUAAGGAGGUAAAGAGGGUGAAAGUGAGAGCAGCAUACAGGACAGAGUAGGAGAUUGUUCGGAAAACUGAGGUUGAGAGAGAGUUCGGAAAGCCGUUAGAAAGAAGUAUAGAAAUAUAUACAGUCCAAGAAGGAGUGGCGGAGAGAGAAAGAAAAUCAGCUAGCGUUGUGAAUUCUACGCUAACGGCAGGGUGACCCAUCUUCCUCUGUCAACCGCAGAUUUUUUUUUCCUGUAACCUUCCGGAUCGUGUUUGAGACAGAACUGUUUCGUGUGGUCCGUAAGCUGGGUGCCAUAGCUGAGAGAGAGAGCGAAAGAGUAAGGGAGAGACAGAAUAAGUGUUGUUUGAGUGAAGAGGAAGAGAGAGAUAGAGAAAGAGAGGGGGAGAUCGGUGGCCUCGAUGUGAAGAGAACCCUAGAUGAUUGGAUGUAUUGGAAAAUCUCGCUGAGCCAUUAGCUAGCAGCACAGCCUGGCCCGACAUCGCUAUCGACCCCUUUUUUUUCUACUGUCUCCCCGACUCUCUUAAAUAGGAGCUGUUAUUUUUUUCACAUGCAGGACUAAAUCACACGGAAACAUACCACAUAGGUUCUGCAAAUGUAAUAUAUAUACAUAUAUAUAUAGGAUAGAAAAAAAGAAAGAAGUCUGUAAAACCAUAACCAAAACAAAAAAAAAAAUAGCAGUAAGAAAAUUGUGUCUAAACCGUAAAUUGAAGGUGUCACUUUAUUGUCGGUUAUUCUCCCUCGUUUCUGAUUGUUCAGGAUUGUAUUCUUAAGCAGCUUGCAAAUCGUUUGGAUUUACGGACAGAUCUGGCAAGCCAAAAUGGGUUGUACUAUGAGUGCCGAAGAGAGACUUGCUCUGGAGAGGAGUAAAGCUAUCGAGAAAAACUUGAAAGAAGAUGGUAUACAAGCCGCUAAGGAUAUAAAAUUGCUGCUUUUGGGAGCCGGAGAAUCAGGGAAAAGCACAAUAGUUAAACAAAUGAAGAUUAUUCAUGAAGGUGGUUUUACAAGUGAAGAUAACAAACAAUAUAAACCUGUUGUCUACAGUAAUACGAUACAGUCCCUAGUAGCUAUUAUCCGAGCUAUGGGAACACUUGAUAUUCCUUUUGGAGAUAAUGAAAGAGAGAGUCAACUGCAGUGUGAUGCCAAAAUGGUUUUAGAUGUCAUAGGUAGAAUGGAAGAUACUGAACCAUUUUCAGAUGAACUAUUACAAGCUAUGAAACGACUGUGGGCAGACACAGGAGUUCAAGAGUGUUUCGGAAGAUCAAAUGAAUAUCAAUUAAAUGAUUCUGCUAAAUAUUUCCUUGAUGACCUUGACCGCUUAGGAGCUAAAGAUUACAUGCCCACAGAACAAGAUAUUCUGCGAACUAGAGUUAAGACAACCGGUAUUGUAGAAGUACAUUUUGCAUUUAAGAACUUAAAUUUCAAAUUGUUUGAUGUAGGCGGUCAAAGAUCGGAACGUAAGAAAUGGAUUCAUUGUUUUGAAGAUGUGACUGCAAUUAUUUUCUGUGUAGCUAUGAGUGAAUAUGACCAAGUACUUCAUGAAGAUGAAACCACAAAUCGUAUGCAGGAAAGUCUAAAAUUAUUUGAUUCCAUCUGCAACAACAAGUGGUUUACAGAUACAUCUAUAAUUCUCUUUCUCAACAAAAAAGAUCUGUUUGAAGAGAAGAUCAAGAAAUCACCUUUAACAAUAUGUUUUCCAGAAUACACAGGUAGACAGACGUAUGAAGAGGCUGCUGCAUAUAUUCAGGCCCAGUUUGAAGCUAAGAACAAAAGUGCAACGAAGGAAAUCUACUGUCAUCAAACAUGUGCCACAGAUACCAAUAAUAUUCAGUUUGUGUUUGAUGCUGUAACAGAUGUAAUCAUUGCAAACAAUCUUCGUGGGUGUGGCUUGUACUAAGUGGUCUGUUGGUCAGUGACCUUGGCUGUGUGGUGUCCAUACACUUUUCUGACCUUCACAUUAUUCUUACAGUCAACAAGGAAUCAGUAAUCCAUUACUGAGUCCUUUGUCAUGUGCAACUUUACCUUCACAUCACUUUUCUUGUGAUGUGGCAGAUUUAACCGCUCAUUCUACGGCAUGUACUAAAGUAAACUGACAACAAAACAGUGUAUGUCUAUAUGUUUGUGCGUGUGCGUGUGUGUGUGUGUGAAGCUGUCUGCACACACUCGCACAAGUACACAUGUAUACACACAUAAACAUAUAUAUAUAGCAAAGCAACAUUGCAUUCAUUCGUUGAGUGUGCAAUGUCAUGAGAGAUGUUGCUGUGAAACAUGCUGAUAGUUCAUCAGACAAGAAUGUUUAACUUGAAAGGACAGAAAAAUUGUUUUCUAGCAUUUGUUUCAUGCACGGUGAAACUUAUUCUUGUAGGUCAUUUUCAUAAUUUGUAGGCUGGAUCUCUGUUGUCAGCAUUUGUGGAUGAGAAAAUAUUACAUCUGCUUCUUUGCUGCUAACUCUAUUCUCAUUGGUUUCUUUGCUUAUCAUACGCCCUCUCUGUGUCUCUAUUAUCAUCCUGUGAUCUGUGAAACUAAAACCAGCAACUGUUCGCUACAGAUUUGCAGCUGCUCUUGUCAGAUAACAAUUCCUAAUCAAAAACUAAUAUUCUUUAUUGCUAUGUGCAUUUUUUUAUUUCACCUAACAAACCUGAAUAUUAUUAAUAAAAGUAGUCGAUGUAGUUUUAAAUUUAAAAAAAAAAAACAAAAGGCAAAAAAAUAUUAAAGAGAAAAACAAUUAAAAAAAAUGUCUUUUUCAAACUUUUACAGCUUUACUGAGCACUGGGAAGUGUUAUGUUUCUGUUUGUUUAACAAGUGGUUUCUACCAUUUGCCAAGCAGAAGGAGACAACUACUGCCCUCUGUGGCUAUAAUUCUCCCCCUCCUCCAUACUGUGUCCAUCGUGUCUCUUUGUUGUUGCUGAUCAUUUACCACCCUGCAGCUUUGCUUGCAGUCAGUUUAGCAACUUGGUAUCAUUUAUUUCACAAAUAUGACAAGGUCUGGUUGGGGGAAUGGGUGUCACUUUCCCCAACCACCCCUUUGCUCAUCAAUUUCUUUUCUUUGUUUUCAUGAUUUUAUUAUUAUCGUUAUUAUUAAUAAUAUUUUUUUAUUAAUAUUAUUUUAUUUUAUUAUUUUGGAGUUGCUAGCAAAAUGUCCAGUGGGAAUGUCAGUUCUGCAUUAUAUUGAUAAAUGAUUUGUGUUUGAUGCUACCUGCACUCGUCUGCAGGUACUGCCAUAGCUGUUUCAUUUGCUAAAAGUACAUCUCAGUGUCUUUAUUAACAUGCACGGUUGCCAGUAGGAAUACUUUAUCUUUUCUAAUGCUGAUGCAUCUGCUACUGCUAUUGUACACACAUACACACACUUACACACACACCACUCACACACACACACACCACACACACUCACACACACAUGCACAUACCCAUACUUAUACAUGCUUUGUUUUCUGUGUGGUCAAGCGAAGCUGUCUGACCACCAGUGUUUCAUUAAUCAGUGAAGACAUGACCAGAAGCAGCUGUAGCUUCCUCAAUACUCUAUUGUGCCCAGUAAUUUAGAUGUUGCUCCGAAACACUAUCAACCAUCCACACUCCUCCUUCUCCUCCUCGCUACUCAAAUAUUCCAUAAAAUAAAAUAACUUUUUAGCAAUGGAACGUUAACAUCCUAAAGUCUGUUCAAAUACGUUUUCUAAGGACCCAACAGACUUUAGCUUACAUCUGUAUUCAUAGUAUCCUUUAGUAUUAUGAUUAUUGUUAUUAUUAUCAUUAUUACCACCACCACCACUACCACACUAUCAUCAUCAUCACCACCGCCACCACUAUCAUCCUGAUGAUCAUCUUCAUAAACUUGCUAACAAUUUUCUAGUCACUUCAAUCAUUUGUUCUUUCUCUUUUGUUACUCUUUAAAAACUGUGCCAUUUCGGUAUGACUGCCUUAUCAUUGGUCAGUAAUUUCCUUCAGGGAAUUCUUUGGUUUCUAAUCAGGAUUUAGACAUUGUUUCAUUCAUCUUGGUCAUACGACAGAAUUUAUAGACUUUUUCUCAACCUUUCUAACAUAGAUAAUUUAGGGUGGAUAAAUUCCAAAUUUUUUGUCUCUAACCUGACAAAUAACACCCCCUCCCCUCCAAUCAAGAGCAGGUCAGGGCAGUUUGAUGUUGCAGAACUCGUUAUAAGACAGCACUUCAGUUAGAUUAUCUAUUGGUUAAACUAAUCUAUAUCAAGUUAAAUUGUCAUUUUCAAGAGUGUGUCUGUACUGUUGAAAUGAUGGGUUUUUGCCUAUGUAAUAAACUAAGUUUUACAAAUGCUUUUAAAUAGUUUUUUUAUUAUCUUUUUUUCAAGUGUGUGUGUCAGCUAUUUGUUGGAUCUUGUUAUUUUAUAGUUUCAUUAAUUUAGUAUACUUGUUAAUUAUGUUAUUUUCUUCUGUAGAUUUUAAACUCUUCAUCAUGUGUGUGUGUAUGUAUAUAUGUGUGGAUAUAUAUAUAUAAACAUAUUUACAUAUACCUAUAAACAUAUAUAUGUAUGUAUGUAUGUAUAUAUAAUGAUUAAAUGCCUGCAAGAAAAUUAUUUAUGGUGGCAACAUACACAUACACAUAUAUUCACCAUUCACCAUGACAAUAUUAAGGUUGUAUCAGUCUCUUCGUUUGACAUUGCUGUUAGUCUUUACCAGAAACCAAUAGUCAUAGGAACUUGAUCUAUGAGAAGUGUAUGGAACAUGAUUUAAUGUGUUUGAAGAGUGGCUUUGUUGAAAUAAGUGUUGUUAUUGCAGACAUAAGAUUUAAUGCUGUUUGUCAGUGGUCGAUCUAUUUAUCCUAUCAAUGUGAAAGAGAAUUUGUUUAUUUUUCAAAAUCUUUCAGAGAAUUGUAAUAUAUAUACAAUGGCAUGAAUUAGAGAGUUUUGGUGUUAAUUAUAUACCUAAUGCAUAUGACUUACAACUUUGUAUCUAUUAUUUCUUUAACUUUAUGAGAAAAGUUUAAAAGAAUGAAAUACCUUGUGAAAGUUGACUUGAUCUUGGAUUUGAUUAAGUCUCAUGCUCAGAGCUGUCGUUCAUGCACACUUUAAACUAAUGCAAAAACAGAUGAUUUUGUCUUCUAGAUGUUGUUUCUAAAUGUACAGUGGAAGAAAGUAAGGCUGCUGUUUUUAUGAAAUAUUUCUUUUAAAUGUUUAUUCAACAUAUUCAUUUUUUUUUUUUUUUUGCUAUCUUCAAAAGAUCCUGCGCAUCCUUGCUGCCAUGGUAACACCUUUUUACCAAACAACUAAAACAAUAUUUGCAUCAAAUGAAAAACUAUAAUUUCACUUGAACUGAAAUGUUCAUAAGUUAGGCAGUGAAAUUUCUGGUUUCAUCUUACGACUCCUUAGGUCUAUUUCUCUUGACAUAUCAGUAUUUUCUGAUAUUCUCUACUUGUCUUUCUCCCCUCCCUAUUAUCAUUUAUCACUUUGAACACUUGGCUGUUGAGCUCUAUUUUUUUAUCUAUUAUAUUUUGUAUUCAUCUCAUAUUUUACCUCUUCUUCCAUCCCACUUACAUUGUCUUCAAUUAUAAUUAUUGUCAGUGUCCUUAUGUUCAUACUACCAGAUUCUUCUGGUCCCUAAUAUAUUUUCAACUAGGUAUUUUGGGCUCACCUUCACAUUAGACAUAUUCACUUCAGUUGGUCCAACCUCUCUUACUACUCUUUGUUGCUUUAUCUAAUAGAUUACUGCGUAUUUUAGACAUAAAGUUAAAUACUAAAUUACUUCCACACUCAGCACAGAUACAUCCUUAAAGUGCAAUUAUAUUGAAGGAACUUCUUUCUCCUUUUUUAUUUUAGUUUUGAAGAAAAUUCAUGUAAAAAAAAAAAAGAAUAGAAUUUAGCAUAUUUAGAAUUAGUUAUGGAAAAUAAUUUUGUAGUUGAUGAUGGAGAGGAUGGGUACUGCUUUAGUCUUCUUGGAAUGGGGUAAAUGUGUUACUUUUUUUAUAUAUGAUGUACAGCAGCUGACCUUAUUAACUACUUCAUAACUACAUCUUUCCUCUUAAUUUCUUUAUGGCUAACUAGUUCCACUAUCAUUAAUUAACCUCCACACACUGACAAUAAUUUAACAAAAUAUAAGGAAAAUUAUUAUUAUUAUUAUUAUUAUAGUUGUUGUUAUAGUUGUGCUGUUAGACGUUCUAAAAUGAACAUGCCUUUUUUUUUUUCAUAAUUUAUUUUUUGUUUUCAAAUAAUUAAACCAAUAUAGAAUUUUCUAUGAAAAAAUAUAUUGGGAAACAAAAUUAAAAAUCUCUAUUUAUUCUGAUUGUUUUUCUUCUGUGGUGAACAGUGUAUUUUCAGCUUUCUUGUCCUCACUGGAGUGUGUCUGUGUCUUUUACAGUGUGAACACUAGUGUGUCAAUAGGAGAUGUUGCACAGGUUGGCACUCUAUGUAGCUCUGUAUUAUUUCAGUCUACAAGCUGGAGUUACCACAACAGCCACAUUUUCUUAUGUGCAUACUGUCAGGCUUUCAAAUAGUCAUUUUUCUUAUAAUUUAACACACAAAAAAAGGGAUUUUUCUAAAAAGAAAUACAAAAAGAACUUCAUGCAACCUAAAUGUGUCAUUCUAAACUUCCAAACUACGUAACCAUUACAGCAUGGACUGUAUCUUUAACAACUGCAAAACAUUAUCUCAAAGUUGUUGCUUUUAUAAUCCAGUCCAAUAAACAAAUUGAAUUAUUUAAGAAAAAAAAAAAAGCAAACAUUUUAUUGUUAACUUUAUAACAGUUGCUGAUUUGGCAAUGUUCUCUUGUUCAUAUACUGCUCUGAAUUGUACAUGUUGACUACUGGUCAAACAUACUACUUCUAUUUAACUAAUUAACAUUCUAACACAAAUCAAUACAGUGAAUAUUUCACCCACAACAUUCAACUGCAUUUUAGCAUCAGAAUAAUUUCUGUUCACAUUUAGUUCUUAUUAGCUGAAUGUUGUUGAUAAAACGAUGUUGUGCUCAGCUAUUUAUAUAUCUGUCAACUCUAUAUCUCUUUCUAACUUCACUCUUGUGUGCAUGUGGCUGAACAUGUCUUUCUACUUGUUGUUUUCUUUGUUUAUUUUACACAUUUUAUUGUUUUUGUUUAUUUAUAUUACUUCUAUUUUGUUUCCAUGAGCAGCAGAUUGCAGAUUUCCUCUCAUGUAGUUGCAUAGUUUGAAUUUCCUAGACCUGUCUGAAUCAGGGAACAAAUCUGUGAUGUAUUUUAUUGUUUUGUUAUGAAGCAGCACGAGAGGUGAAUGUAUUCAGUGCUAACAGCAUUGACACUGACUUUAAAGAUGCUGAGCUACCAGCUCUGCAAUCAUGUCAUGUCAUUACACUGUAUCAGUUUCAUGAUUAAAGACAAUUGUAUGAAACAUAUGGGCUAUACUAAGUGUUUUAUAUGUCACAAUGUUCAUUAUGUAGCUUCAUAUUGUUGUCUAGAAAAAUGCGAAAAAAUAUUCAAUAAUAUAUACUAUUUAUGAAAUUAAAAUCCAAAAUUAAUUUAAAUAUUACAAACCAGAACUAUUUUGCCAAUAUCAUGCCACCAUUUAUUUAAUUAUUAUUAUUAUUACUACUAUUAUGAUUAUAUGGUGAAAUACAAUGGAAGAGCAAAACUAAUCUGUAUUUACAACACUAACACACACAUACAAACACACAUGGAGAUGUAAAACACUUCUGCCACAAACUUUUAUUUUCUCUUUGAUUUCUCUAAAAGUACACCUUUUCUCUCACAUCAGACCAUUGUGAGAACUGCCCCUUUAGUUUUGUAUGUUUGAACUUGUUUAUUCAUUGCUACUGUUUGUGAAGAAUGGUUGGUUGCAUCCCUCUUCCACCUCCUCUUCCUCCUCCCCCCUGCCCAUACACACACACACACACACACUUUCACAAUUCUGCUUUCUCUUAACAAAUCCACUCCCUAUAACAGCUGUCUGGUGACUUAUUACUACUACUACUACUACUGCCGGUAAUAAUACUACUGCUUUAAACCCUUCAGUUGUCUGGCUUAAUGUUUCUGUCUGUCUCCCGUGAGUUUACUGUAGUACUGCUGCUGCAUGAGUAUUAUUGACUGAUCAGUGCCCGAUGAUCUCUUCAUUCCUCCACCAAUCAGUUGAAUGCUGUUUGUAAUCACCCUUUCACAACCCUACAACUCAUGCAAGCUUCUUUUACCACUGAUCUAAUACUUUUAACAGUUCCUCAUGGACAAUAGUAUGUUCUAUACGUCAGGUGUAGUCUGCAGUCAGUCAAUCUGUCCGAUAUAGUUGUAGGCUACAAUCUAAAGCUGAUGAUCUUGUGUAAGUCAGAGCUGGCAUACAGCCCAAACAAAUCUACAACUGUUUGUCUUCUUCUCCCUCUUACAUUAAAAUGAAAUAAAAAUUUAGCAUUUUAUCAACAUCUAAAUUGCUGCUUACUUUAUUUUUGUCUUUUCUUUAAAAAAAAUAAAACAUGUUAUUUAUGAUGACUUUUAAACGUUCCAUGACAAAUGAGGUUUAUAUCUGAAAACUGUUGACAGAAUGACAGUUUCAAAACCAAUUCUUGUUUUAGCCAUUUUCAUAUUAAAAAAAAAAAAACUAUUAAAUUUUUAAUGUGGAAAGUAACAAGUAAUUUAACAAAACAUCUAAAUCUAAACUUAUCCAUGUCUGAAUUUUUAACUGUUUAGUUUAGGGAAAGACAGGUUAACUAAAUUUAAUCAUCUAUUUGUAUAA